AUGGAAGAGCAUUUGAAAUUGCAUUCCGACAUAAAGCCAUAUCUAUGUGAACAUUGUGGAAUGGCAUGGACUGCAAUUGCAGAUUUAGAAAAGCAUGUGAAAGUUCAUGAUGUAGAAAAACCCUACACUUGUGAAUGCUGUCAAGAGACUUUUGCUCUGUUUGAAGACAUGGAAGAGCAUUCAAAGAUCCAUGCUGCGGAAGAAACAUAUGCAUGUAGGUUUUGCAGAAAAACAUUUGUUCGGGUUCGAGAUACGGAAAGGCAUUUGAAAGUGGAUUCUGACAUAAAGCCAUUCCUGUGUGAACAUUGUGGAAUGGCAUUGACUGCAAUUUCAGAUUUAGAAAAGCUUGCAAAAGUUCAUGAUGUAGAAAAAUCCUACACUUGUGAAUGCUGUCAAGAGACAUUUGCUCAGUUUGAAGACAUGGAAGAGCAUUCAAAGAUUCAUUCUGUGGAAGAACCAUAUGCUUGUAGGUUUUGCAGAAAAAUAUUCGUCCAGUUUACAGACCUGGAAAAGCAUUUGGAGACACAUUCAGGCGAGCAGCCUUAUGCUUGUAAAUAUUGCCAAAAGACCUUUGCUGAAGUUACAGACAUGGAAGAACAUUUAAAAACUCAUGAUGUGGAGCAGCCUUAUGCUUGUAAGUAUUGUCAAAAGACAUUUGCUGAAUCCAAAGACAUGGAAGAACAUUCGAAAAGUCAUGAUAGUGAAAAAUCAUUUUCCUGUAAAUACUGUAGCAUGACAUUCGCCGAGAAAAGUGCCCUGAAACUCCAUUCAAGAACACAUACCGCAAAGAGGACUUAUUCGUGUGAGUAUUGUGAAGAAACCUUUUCCAAUCACCAAGAUUGGAAGGACCACAGAUUGGUUCAUACAAAGGACACAUCACAUGCAUGUAAGCUUUGUGACAAAACAUUCACCAAGCAGGAAGACUUGAAGCAGCAUGUAACCACUCAUGGAGGAGAAAAGCAGUUCUCGUGCGACUUUUGCAAAAGGACAUUCACUCGAAAUAAUUAUCUGAAAGCUCACUUAAAAACCCACGCUGGUCAAAAGACAUUUUCCUGCGAGUAUUGCAAGAAAAUAUUUACAAGUAUGCCCGAUUUCAAAUCGCAUAAAAUGGUUCACACUGGACUUAAGCCUUAUUCGUGUGAAAUUUGUGGCAAGACCUUUGCACAGAGCAGUAAUUUGAUCGUACAUUUAAGGUCACACACGGGUGAAAAGCCAUACCUCUGCGAGCACUGCGGUAAGAUGUUCAGCAUGAGCACCGACCUGAAAAGGCAUCUGAGGAUGCACACCGGGGAAAAGCCGUACUCUUGCGGUUUUUGCGGGAAGUCGUUCACCCAGGUUGUACACCUGAAAGGACACAUAAACAUUCACGCUGGGGAAAAGCCACACACUUGCAGCGAGUGUGGGAAAAACUUUGCCACUGCAAAAUACCUAAAGAACCAUCUCAUCAUCCACUCUGGGGAGAAACGGCACGUUUGCGAGUACUGCCAGAAGAAGUUUGCGAGGACAGCCGACCUGAAAGCACACAUGAGGAUCCACACGGGGGAGAAGCCUUACUCGUGUGAGUUCUGCGGCAAUGCGUUCACCCAGAUCGAACAUUUAAAAAGGCAUCUGAUAAUUCACACGGGCGAUAAGCGGCAUCCCUGUGAAUAUUGUGACAAGAAGUUUGCUCGGGCCGCAGACUUGAAAUCUCAUGUCACAGUCCACACGGGCGAGAAGAGAUUUACGUGCGAGUAUUGUCAAAAGAAAUUUGCCCGUCCCGGUGAUUUACGGUCGCAUUUGAAGAUUCACACAGGGGAGAAGCCUUAUUCUUGUAACUAUUGUGACAUGACAUUCACUCGUAAAAAGCAGUUGAACAGCCAUGUUGAAAUCCAUGCUGUACAUUUGCAGACAACAUGA